AUGGUCUUCUACAGCCUGAUCUGGAUAUUUGGAGCUCACUCUCCGGUCAUAGGAUUUUCACCGUCUUCGAGCGUGGAAUUUGUGCCUGUUUUUCCACCCGUGUACACAUCCACGGUUCCGCCUCAUGCUGGGAAAAACUGGAUCGAUAAAAGGCUACCGAGCUGCAAAAUAUACUUGAAUAAUGCGUUUGCUCUGGAUUCGACGUGGAUACAUCCUGAGGAAUCCAGGCUCUUCCAGGGAAAUGAGAAGCCUCUGCUAAUGACCAACCAGGUGGCCAUGGCUAUAGCCAGGCCGGCUGCUGCCUCCAGGCCUCUUCCCACAGUGGUGUUGGCACCUCAGCUGAUACCAGGUGGUUGCCAGAAUAGCCUUAAACCAGUCGGCGGUAACCAGAGCCUGGCGUUGGCCACCGCCGCGAUGGUGUCGGUGGAGCCCGAAGCCCCCCAGGGACCUUCAGCACCGAGUGUCCAGCCCUGCCACGUCCUCACCUUCUCCCCCAUCAAAAUUCCAGUCUUGGCAGCACCUUUUCCAGGUUCUGCCUCCAGGAUGGAUGCUCACGUGGGACCGUUGAUGCCAACACAAGUCACCCGGGUCACUGCUGUGUCCGCGCCGGCGGUGACCUUCAUGGCAACCAACCUGAUGGAGCAAACCUUACCAGAUAAUGUCAAAGAAUCGAGUAGAUCCUCCUGCCCACCGACCCUGAUUUUACACACGGAGAGGAAGAGUGUCCCUGUGGAGAGCGAUGGCAACAAGGAUCAUUCUUUUAAACUAGUAAAUGAGGAUGACAGCACAUCAAACGGCAACAAGCCCGUGGCCUCCACUCCCGUGCCAGGAUCACCAUGGUGUGUAGUCUGGACUGGAGAUGACCGGGUCUUCUUCUUCAACCCUACAAUGCAGCUGUCUGUCUGGGAGAAGCCGGUGGACCUGAAGCACCGCGGCGACAUCAACCGGAUCAUCGAGGAUCCCCCCCACAAGCGCAAGCUGGAAGCUGCAGCAGCAGACAAAUGUAUUAGCUCUUGUCCAGGGGAUGAAAAUGAUGAUCUUAGCAUCAAAUCUAAGAGAAAUAAAACAGAAGAUUCCCAAGCUGCUGACCAGGGGAAGGCUGAAAGGGAGGAGAAAACGGAGGAACCAUCGGCACGGCGGGUCUCACCACCCCUGGAGGAGCGCAUCACGCAUUUCCGAGACAUGCUGCUGGAGAGGGGGGUUUCAGCAUUUUCUACGUGGGAAAAAGAGUUGCACAAAAUAGUAUUUGAUCCACGCUACCUUCUACUAAAUUCAGAGGAACGUAAACAGAUAUUUGAACAGUUUGUCAAGACCAGGAUCAGAGAAGAGUACAAAGAAAAGAAAAAUAAACUGUUGUUAGCCAAAGAAGAAUUUAAAAAGCUCCUUGAAGAAUCCAAGUUAUCGCCAAGAACAACAUUUAAAGAGUUUGCUGAGAAAUACGGAAGAGAUCAGCGGUUUCGCCUUGUUCAGAAGAGGAAGGACCAAGAGCAUUUUUUCAAUCAGUUCAUACUUCUGCUUAAAAAGAGGGACAAAGAAAACAGGAUAAGGCUACGGAAAAUGAGAUAAAAACUCCUGAAACUGGCAAUAAAUCCAGAAGUCCGUGCUGGGGCUGCAGUAAGAGACUCAAAUGAAGGCUGAAGCGUUCGGGGUUCAACUUGGGACAGUUUGGCGGGGAGGCGGCGAUCCCUGAGAAGAACUUUCUCUGCACAGAGUUUAUUGAACGUAUAUUGAAUUUGUGAAGGUUGUUCUGCAGGAAUCUGAAGGAUAUUUUGUUCUCAAAGAAUUAAUGUUUCAUAUUGAAGCUCUUUUUUGUACAACAUCCAGAGUUUGAUGCAUUUCUAAUUGCCAUGAUAUGUCAAUCCCUUAAUUGUUUUAAUUAUGCAAAUUACUUGUAAUAUACACAAAUUAUGAAUCCAAUGCAGAUUUGUAAUUAAGCAGGCGCAGAUGCCAUCCAUAACAAUCUCAAGAUAUUUUCAUCAUUUAGGGGAAUUAUCUAAAGCAAUCUUUCUGAAACUUUCUGCAUUACCCUGAAUCGUUCGGAGGUGCGGUGGUACGCAGGAAUUCAUCACCCGGUGCUCAUACGUCUCUGUCCCGUUCUCUGAGUAGUAGUAAUAAGAUAUUAAUUGUUAAUCUUAGUGAAGAGUGUGGAAAUCUUGGCAUAUGUUCCAUAGGAAAACUCGUUAGGUUUUGGAACUUGUUUCCCCCUGGCCGUGAGCGGUGCGUUCAGGCACACGGGCGACAGCAACACUUCUCCCUCCCGCGUCCCACAAAGGAGCUCUUUUGUAAAACCCUCACCCGAGGAUCUCAGUUGUGUUACUGUGUGUGAAAAGUCUGCAUGAGAUUUUUCUCAUCCUAUUUGUAUAAAUAAAUAUUUAACUUUUUUAAUUAAUAAAUAUUUUAAGCCAAUUUUCAGGGGAGUUUUAAGUUUCUAAACUUUUCGAAAUAUUGGGUGAAGUAGUGCAGGUCUCAUGGUUUUUACUGGAGAGGUAGAAAAUCAGAAGGAAUUGGACCGCUCAUGAUUUGUAUGCAAAUUCCACUAAUAUCAGUUGGAGUUCUGAGCAUAUUGAGAGCAAAAUAGUUGCUCUGACUAUGAAGGUAGGAUGUCAUGGCUAGAGUAAAUCAGCACAGCUCCACGGAUUAUCAGUAUAUCCCUUCCUUUAUGCUAUGGGAAAGACGCACUCUCCUCUCUCUGUGCUCAUAAUCAUUUUCUCAGUUGACCUGAUUUUUAAGUUAUUACUCAUUAGCGUUACAGAUUUCUAUUUGGUAGAAGUGGUUUUUAUAUUUUCUCCAACUAAUGGUAAUUUGUCUUUAGAGGUGUGCUGGGUAUUUUUUAUAAUGAAGGAAAUAAAAGACAUUUUAUAGUGCUUUGGAAAGAUGAAGUCGGAAUAAUUCAAAGAAGGGCAUUUAACAUUAGAUAUGUUUGAGAAAGUAUGUAGAGUUUAAAGCUUCUACACAAAAAAACCUUGUCAUUUAUUUCUGUGAGAGCAAGACCUGCCCCAAAGCUGCUGUUGGUGCGAGUGAGGGAACACGUUGCUGUGCUGGAAUUACAGGGUUAAACCAAUGCUGUUGGUUUUUUUCACCUCUGCACACAAGGGUUGUACUUUUGGACCACUCAAGCCGGUAGGUGCAAUUUGCUUUCCCGUGGCUCCCAAGCCUUGUGGUAGCCAGUCCAUUACACCUUUAUUUAACAAUUCUUUUUUCCAAUCUGGAAGAGCCUGGUUUUCUCCCACCCCUGUGUGGUUUAGGAGUCCUGCGCCAGUUACGUAGGAACCGUAAUUCAUGAGGACAAGGCAGCAAUGACACAGAAAAGAGACAUAGGGCUUUUGGUAGACCUGGAAAAAAAAAAAAAAAGGAAAAAAAAG